CAGCUUUAGAAUUUUAUCCCAACAACCCAAAAGCAAUACUGCAUGGACUUAAAGCUGAUGUGUUUACGUUUCUGUAUUAGACAGCGGACAACAAACAUCACAAACUAAGAGGAAGCCUACAACUAUCAUGGAUCCAUCGCAACUCUUACUGACCGCUUUUGUGAAAUUCCCUUCAUUCAGGGGAUGCGACGUAUGGAUUAGCCCGUAUAUAAGAGGUUUGUUGAAAAGGCAUUGGAGCGCGGUGGAAUCUGGCAACCUCAACAUCGACAGCACGAAUUUGAUGGUGGACAUGUGUCAGCACAUUGUUAAUUUGACUUCCUCGUUUAUCCUGAAGGCUAUUAAGCCCGUCAUAUCAGACUGGCACAGGAAAUCCCUCCGGUUACAACAGUAUCUGUACCCUCGACAUUGUUUCUUUGGUGUAGAUGGGAGUGAUGUCCUCGCUAACCUGAAAAACAUCCUCCCACAGUGUGUCUGCAAUGGUUUAAGCUUACCUACAAGUGUUCACUGCGAGAGCUUAGACAAGUUCAUCCAGCUAGUCGCAAGAGAGGUGACGAGAGGCAUAAACUCUCAGAUAGCUGUGGUAAUGGACCUCUUCAAUUGGUCUCUGCAACCCAAGACUUUUGAUUGUAAUUGCAUCUGUUACACAACUCUUCAUACCAUGAUUGCUUUGGUCACUCAGAUGCUAAGAUGCAUGUACCAACAGAGCUGCCAGUGCACACCGUUGUCCACAGACUUGGAAAGGCCCAACACCACUCCAGCCAUACGUGACAACGGGAAAAAAAGGCCGCUGCGAUCCUGGUGUGAGGAUUCAGAUGACUGGGUGUCCACUGACAGCACUGAUGUCUCCGAACGCAGUGGGAAUCAUGCAGAUAUUUCAACAUAUGACGAUGACAGUGAGCUAACGACUGAUACAGAGCAGAGAUCUUACCAAACAGAUACACAGGACUCAGAUGAUGACCAAUCUGAGGACUCGCUCAGCCAGGAAUCAGCUGAAACUAUCAACAGUGGACCAGUCUGUCAAAAAACAGCAACUUCUCAACCAACUCCUGCAGAGAGUUCUGUCAGUCCGGCCUCACUGCAUGAAGAUCAGGUUGAUGGAUCCACAGAUGCAAUAGCUGUUUCUUCUGACACUGGUAGUCUUCAACCAGUUACAUAUGAUGACACAAAGCACCAGCUGCUCAUCCUGGUGCUUGUCGAGUUGCUAUUGCGUACUACAAAGAGGGCCCGGACAUCACUGCCCCAGACGGUUUUUAAUAGGGUCAUCCGGAAUCUGAGAGAUAAGGCAUUGGGAAAAAUCCAUGCCAAUGAAAUUGCUGUGAGCUCCAACCCUCAGAGUGUUGAGAAGAUCUACAAGGCUGUGUUAAAAGACCUGUGUCAGCAUUUUGGCUCUGCAGAGGUGCUUCUGCAAGCCAUGACGUCACAGGAUCCCACCACUGACGAUUUUGUUACCACAACCCUGAGGGAUCACCUGAUUGUACCCUCUCCGAACAACAAAAAAAAGAAAAGUGCCAUUGUCAGGUUCUUCUCUUGUUUGGGCGGAGCUAUUGUGAAACCCUUCAGGGCCUGUAUGUCCAACUCUUCGCCCCCAGAAGGAGACAAACAGAAUGAUGGCAAUACCAGCCUCAUGCUAGCUAAGAACCUUCAACCUGCUCUGAAUGCUUAGAUUUAAAAAAACAAACAGUUUUUUGUCAUUUUUCCCACCUUGCUUCUACCUUUUUCUACCCUGUCAACAUAUUGACAGACAUACUGUACCAACUAAACCAACUUAACACUUUUUUCCAUUUUUUCUUAUCAUUUCUUGCAAAUUGCACCACCCUUUCUCUAAAAAUAACUGUUAAAUACCUGCAAAUUUUCAGGAAAUCAACAUAAAAAGAAGCCACCUGUAAAAUAAAGGUGACAAUUUAACUGAGCAAGCAAUAAGAAAGAAACAGAUACAGAAACAAUCACGGGAUAUAUUUUAUUUGAGUGUACGUUGAAUUUACAACAGUAUAUAAAGCCAAACCCAUUCUGUCAAAGAAAAAAAUAAAAAAGUACUCUCCACUUAAAACUUCCACCAUAGAAAUUCAUCGAGUGAACAAGCGAAAAAGGUUAUAGACAGCAAUAAUACAAGCUGAACGGACACCAAAGUGCAAAUGAUCAGUGGAAGUGAAGAGAAAAUUUACAAAAAUAUUUAUAGAUUUUCAUCUCCUGUCAGACUGCAGAUUUGUCAGUUAAUAACAAUUUCCACAAAGUAUUUUAAAAUCUGAAACAUUUUGACUGAUGCCUCAGACAGCAUUUAAAUAGAGGUGGGACACAAAACCUCUCAACUCUUUCUUUAGAAACCUACAUCAGUUUAGUAGCGGGUGCACUGUACAUCUGGCCUUUAAAUGAAGAAUUAAACCAAUAAAAUAUCUCAAGAAAGUUCCCUGCAGGUUUUCAGGCUGUUUGAUCAGGACAAAUGAUGCUAACCCACCAAAAUCCAAUAAUUAACUAAUCACGAAUAUCUUAAUUUAAUCAAUGUAACAGUGUUUUUGUUUUGUUCAACAUGAGAAAGGGGGAAGGUGCUUUAGCUAGGAUAAAAAACAGACUGCAUGUCUGUGGGGAAAGUGAGUUUGGAUUGUGAAAAAUCAGGCCAAUUUUAAACUCCUUUUGAGGUAAAGCAAUAUAAGAACAUUUCAAAAUAAAACCAACAAUAUACCGUAAAGUCCAUUGAAUGAAAGGUUUUAAGAGGGAACCUUUAAAAAAAGAAAAAAACACUCACAUGGCACAAAAUGGUAAAAAAGAAAAAAAAAUUGCCGUGGUUCUUUGGGGUCGUCAGGAGGGAACUAUUUUAUGUUCUUUCUAUCAAACACAUUCUCUCAUGAAGCGCUACACAGUCACAAAAGAUCUAUUUAUUUUUUGGAGUGUGAGGAUAACGUGAGUCAGAGUUCAUGAAACACUGUGACGCUCUUUGAUUCAGACUAGUGGUGUUAAAACUACUAGUCAAAGCCACGACUUUGACAAAAUAAUCUUAACUCAAGGUCAAAAGCUGUUGGAGCUUUCAACUGAAUCUCAGUCUUCAUCAGCAAAUUUAGUUCCUCAGUUGCAUAGAAUUUUCAAACAAGGACUCAGCACUUACAAACUAUUCAACACCUCAAGAUCUUAUCGAUUACUCUGCUGAUUAUUUUCUUGAUUAACUGAUUAAUUGUUAACAUCUUAAAGUGUUGUGUUCUGUCCAACUAACAGUCCCAAACCCCAAAAUAUAUACUUCACUGUAAUGGAAAACUCAGAAAUGCAACUUAUUCUUACAUUUGAGUACAUUUGAGAACCUGGAACCAUCAAAUAUUUGGUAUAUUUUGCUUAAAAAUGACCAAACUAGUCGUUAAUUAUGUCAAUCAACUUAUCAACUAAAUGUUGCAGCUCUCAGUUUACCCUUAAAACAGGACACCUGUUAUCACCUGACUGAAGUUCCAUGCAACUGAGCAAACUCCCUCCACUGAUGAAGACAGUAAGAUGCUGUUGCUCCAGAAAAAGCUAGUAAGUGGACCUUGAGUUAAGAUUUUUAUUUAGCUGCCGAUGCAUUUUUACACACAGCUGGAGUGUGACUCAGGAAAAUUAACGAGAAGGGAUGAAGACAAAACUAAUUUAAACUCUCAAGUUUCUGCUGAAAUUAGGCUGCAGGUUCCUUCUUGCAAAAUGGAGGAAAUGCAGGUAUUAAAGUCAUUAUAGGAACAGUUGAGACAUUUUAGGAAACACUUAUUUGCUUAUUUGCAAAGAGUCAGAUGAGAAAAUCAAUUUCACUUUCCUGUCUGUGCAUUAAGUAUGAACCUACAACCAGCUGCUUGUUAGCUUAGCUUAGCAUAAUGACUGCAAGUAGGGGGAAACAGCUAGCCUGAUUCUGUCCAAAGUUUAAAAAUAUGCUAACAAACACCUCUAAACCUGACGAAUGUUUGUUUAAUCCACACAGAAUCAAAAACUAGAAUCUGUAGCUUUAGUGGGACGACAGUUUAUUUGACCACCCAGUAAUUCUGUGCAGCGUUUCCUCACAGUGACGACAAAUCACCACAGUCGGCUGUUGUUCGCCAAGAUACCGUUUCAGAAACUGUAGCCACAUAAAUAAAUGUUAAGUUUGUAAUUUUAAGUUUUCAUAAACAUUUCCCUUUAUUUCAGAUUGUUUUCUGCUGCCUGCUGUUCACACGGAGCUCAAGUUGUUCAUCAUGAACAUAAAAUGCUGGUGAAGGGAAUUAAUUACCAGGCAAAUAAGUGGAGUUGUUUUAAUGUAGCUUACUCAGAGCACUUGGUAACAGUUCAAAUGAAAACACAAACUUACUACUGUUUACAAAAAAAAAAAAAAAAAAAGCAUGCAAGCAUGAGCAUGAAAUGUUUGGGGUUUUUUUUCUUUUUUCCCCCCCCCAAUUCAAGCAGCAAUGGAAAGCAGCAUCAGCCAAAGCGCAUUCUGGUUCACUGAACAGAGUCAAAUAAAUACUGUAGAUGAAUCAUUCUAAAGUCAAAACAGGUCAACAUGAAAUAAUUCAGAUAAUUAGAAAAUAGAUAAAACUUUGCAUAAGCUUAAAAACAUGAACAAAUCCCAAAUAUGGUUCUAAAAUCAUUUUUGCUGGCAUGAAAACUUUUACAACACAAACACAAUCACAGUCAAAGUCAAACAAAUCAAAGUUAAACUACGGGACGAUCAGUGACGAGAAGAAACAGAGAUCUUUUGGACGUUUUUAAAAAAGGCUGGACAGUUCAUGUAACAUUAAACAGAAAUGGGAGACACCACGCUAUGAUGUGAACAGACAUGUCUUUGCAGAGGAGCAGCUGAAAACAACACUUUCUUCUAAAGAACAUGAUUGAUCAUAAUUCCAUGAACAUGAUUUUUCAGUACUUUAAAGGGUCAGUUUACCAAAACAACUAAAAAUAGCAUUAGAGGUAAAUAAUUUGGGUGACCGGACACCUUAAAAAAAUGUACUGCUGCCACUUCCUGUGCUGAUCUUCCUGCCUUAACUUUGUUGUACACUUGAAAUGUUUCCAUAAAUAUAAACAUGACAGAAGCUCAGUCUUAUCAUCAUUUACCAGGCCGAGUAUCACAACAGCGAUUACAUUCACUACAAUGUGCAAACGAGCGCACAAAGUUGGUUGGUUAGUAUAAAAAAAAACUCUGUGUAUCUCACUUUUUAUUCCUUUAAAACAUGUUGUGAUACUACUGUAACACGUCAACACGGUGUUGACGAACAAGUAGUCAGACAAAAACUAAAUGUUCAAUAACCUCCAUCCUAAUGUGGAUCCUGUGUGGAUUUUUGGAUAAAAUCAAUCAAUAAUUUAUCUAUAAAAUGUCAGAAAACGCCUCAUCAGAAUUUCCCAGAGCCCAAAGACGAGUGUUUGUUUUGUCGGACUUACGUAACAAUAUAAACUCAAAGAUAUUCAAUUUCCUAUGAUAUGAAUCACAGAUAAGUGAGAAGCUGGAACCAGAGAAUGUUAUUGGUGGAUUAUUUUUGUCGACUGAUCACUUCAAAACUAAAACCAACACAAAACUGGUUAAAUCUGUUUUCUUCCAAAAAUUCUAAAAUUAAGCUCCAUCUGACCUCUGACCUCAGCCUGAGCCGGGGACAUAUUCCUAAAAUUAACCCCACGACACUCAGAUUGUGAUCAAAUCACUUGAAACUCAGCGGACUCUUUGCUGACGAUCUGUGGUCACUCGACAAGCUUAAACUCCAAAAAAAAAAAAAAAAAAAAACCUGAUCAGAAUCCCUCGACGCACAGUUCAGAGGAAGGUAAAUGUGUUAAAAGAUGAAUUGUGUAUCACAGUGGUUGAUAUUGCGAUGCUUUUCUGUACACAAGUACUGUGCAUCACUGUCAGCAGAUAGUUUAAAUGGCUCAGGAACGCACGACUGCUGAGGUAACUGAACACAUCUCUUCACAAAUGCACUGAAAUGUAACUGAAAUAUGAACCCGAGAACUGUAUCACAACCUGUAGACUUUAACUAAAGAAAAAUAUAUCUCACACUCGGUAUGAUAAUGAGGCAUCGGUAUCGGCAGAGGUGCAACAUUAUCACAGAUUAUUAAUAUAAGGCUGUAACAGUGCAUCUCUCCCAGGACUCCAGGGGCUGUGUUCAAAUAUCUUCACACAAAGCUCAUUAAAAAAAAAAAAGGCAGAAGCACACCGGGAACGCCAGACACACACACACACACAUGUUCCAACAACAGGAGUCCAACACUCAAAACCUAAAGAGACCUCUAAAACCAGCUCGACUCAAAGCGCACACUGUAUUCUAACUGUGUUUUGAGUAUAUUCUGCACAUUCACGCUGAAAAUGUUAAAAUGAAGUACACUUAAAAAUGCAAAGAUUGAAGAAACCAAAGUUCUAGCUCAAGGAGAAGAAAAAAAUAACUUGGAAAUACACAUUUUACUCCCCUUUUCAACUUGGAUAUUAGAGAUAGCGUUUAUAUAAGGACAGAUUAUGGGUUUCAUUUUGGAUUCGGCAGGAUCAAUGGAAUAAAAGGCCAUUUGUGAGAUUUCUGCAGCUGCAAUGACCACUGAUUCAUUUCAAGGCAAAAGGACACCAUACGUGUGUUUUUCAUCAAAAGCACGAGGAAGCCAGAGGGAAAAACUUGAUUCACAAAAUCACAAAAAUAUACCUACAUGUAUGUGAAAGCACUAUGGGGGAAUGUAGCGAGUAAGCAGGGGAUUGUACACAAGUAUGGAUGAAAUAUGACCUUUAAAGGUGAGCCAAGACAGAAACGUUGCCUACAGCAGUGUACGUAGAAGUGCAGGUUGUCAGUGCUGUUCAAGCUAUACAUCAUAAAAUAUCUAUAAUGUACAUCAGUUAUAGAAUCCAGCACGUUUGCAUCAUUACAACAGAGGAGAGACUCCUCUUCUCAAUCGCAAGAUCAUUUUGGGAUAUCCAUCUGAUUGAGGAUGGAAAAGUUUUGGCCAACCGCCUAAAAAAAAAAAAAAGUGGUGUUGACAAAAAAAAAAAAGGAAUAUCUUCAACUUGUAAAACAAAUCUAAAGUACUAUAAAUGAAAAAUAAAAUAUUUGACAUAAAAGAAGCUGUACUACUGUACUGUGCAAGUCAAACAAGGGAAAAUAAAUAUUUGUAAAUAAUUCCUAGAAUUUCUAAAGAUUACUGCCGCGAUAUCAUUUACAGAUUCCCAUGAAGAAUUAAAGAUAACAAAUGCAUUCAGUCUGUUUUUGUUUGUUUGUUUGUUUGUUUUUACAUGGGUGGAGUUAUGAUUCAGCAAUAUCAAUUUGUUGUUCUCAGUCCCAAACAGGUCAUGUAUUCUAACUACACAAACUUUCAAAUACUUUCCAGCAAAGAUUUUCUCCUGUAAAAAUCAAUAUUUAUAAAGGACUAAAAGAAGCUGCAAACAAAACCAAGUUUGGUAGAAACACAUUUUGGCCCACUUUUCCCUCUUUUUAUCCACACCAGCUGCCUGUUUUCUAUUCAUGCCAUGACUUGACCUCAAACCAGGUGCACAACAUUAAAAAUAGCGGAACAAGGCAUCAUACGUAGAGCCGGACAUGCCUGCGAUAAAAUAGUACAUCCACCUCUAUGUGUGAAUGAGUCUGUACAGCCAUUUACAAUAUGUAGUCUCUUUACUCUAUUUCCUAAUGCUGCAGCAGACUGGAGGCAAACAAAACGGAAAAAUAAACCAAAAAAACACCGUCGUUAGGAUUUAUUGAUCUGGAUUGAAUAUUUUGGUUUUGGUUGCGCUCUCUUAUUAAGAGGCUUUGGUUCUGAUCUCUGGUUGUUUCAAGUAAAACUUCAGUGGAUCAUAUCUGAUCCUAACAAAUGAUAAAUAAAUUUAAAAAAAAAGGAAAAACAUUUUUUUCUUCAGUUGUAAAUUUAUACAGAAACUUCAUGUGUUGAAUGAUUUUCUGGCAACUGACCCACUUUGAGAUCGAAACUGCUUUGUGAAAUUUCAGAGGCUUUGUGGCACCUUUUUUUUUUUUUUUGACACUUUACUAAACCAAAGAUCACAACAUAUCGCUGAAUUUUAUUUUCAAUAAUUCAUGUGGAGUGCUGUUGAGCAUUAUUCCUGUCCAGUCUUAUCUCUGCACAUUAACUACCUGUAACAGCCUCAACAUUCAACAGUUAAAUCUACAGUAAUAGCUUUCCCGACACUUUUCAUGCAAUGUCUAUGUGCUUAAAAGACAGGGUUCCCACACACAAAAAAAAACAGCUUUUCCAUUUAUAUUUUUCCAGCCCUAUUAAUAAAUAAUUUUCCCCCAUGUUUUUCCAGAUCUGUGUAGGAAUCCUGAUAAUACAAUCACAAGUUUCUUCUCUUCUCUGUUUAUCUUUUAAGUUCAGAUUCCACUCAUUCAAUUCACAGUGGAAAACUCCACCUGUCACACCUGCUAAAGGACAUAAACCUAAUUCAUCCAAACUUCCAGUUUUCUGCUACAACCAAACAUUUAGCUGCCUGGGGAGAGUCAAAGGUGGUUGAACAGAAUCAGUGACCAUAAAUAAAACAUGUUGCAAAAAAAAAAAAAA